AUAUCCUGUAUUAUAUUAUUAAAUGAUAAAUUCUAUCCUUAAUCUAAUUUAUUUUAUUAUCUAUCUAGCUAUUUAUCUAGUUAGUUAUUAAAAAACGCUGCAUCAGAUAUAAUUGACACCAUUCACUCUACCCUCGCUCAGGAUGCUGAGACUGCGGCUGAGGCUGAGCUGUAGGGAAGAGGGCACCGAUAGAUGUGUCGGUGGAGGUGAAUGAAUAGCCUGAGAAGGAAGAAUCUAUUUUAUUACUAUUAUUGUUUCCGUGUUACAAAAAAUGUAUUCAGAUAUAAAACUUUAUACAGCCCGUUCCGGAGAUGUCUGCGAUGUCUUGUCAUCAAAAAAACUAGCGAGUAGAAAUCCUGAGAAUCAGCUGAUGCUGCAGAAAUCUUAUAACUCGUUAGAGAGCAUUUUGUAACAUUUAGUAUAUCGAGAACUUUGAGCGAAUAAAGUUCUGCGGUAAAAUGAAUCUCCGCGAAAUAAUAAUUAAAGUACAGAGUGUUUUAAUACCGCGCUCUUCGUAUUUACGCCGUGUUUGUAAUAGAGCCUGGUGUACACAUUUACGGAGUGAUUCACGACAAACUUUAUUAAAAAAAUUUAAAUUUUUAAUAAAUCACACCAUUUUACGUAAUAUUAUAAAAUGUUUUAAUCGCGGAUUGUUCUCUGGUGAUCGUGACAUCCUACAUAUUAUUUAUAACGAGAUUGUGCGACGUGGCUUACACAAUACGGCUUACGUUAAAAAUAUUGUAUCCAGGUAUGAUGAACGACGUUGUAAGUAUAACAAAUUUGCAGAAGUUGGCUGCAAUUCGCUCAUCUUAACGUAUCAAGAGAGAGGAGGGAAGAGAGUAAUCGACAUAAUAGAUAUUACAUUUUAUUAGACAUACAAGAGAUGCUAGCGAAUGACGAGGACGAUACAUUUCUAAUUGAGUGUAUCGAGCAAUUUGAAAACUGUAUUCCAACCACGAGCCCUAACAAUAACGAAUUAAUCGGUGAAAAUAGCAUCACUGAUAACACUGCUAACACUGCAGAUAUUACGGAUAAUACUGGUACGAUUAAUGAGGAAAACAAACACGAUAUAAAUAAUGAUCGUGACAACUCUAAUGAAUUUUUAAUGGAGGGUGGAGGAUGGCUGUGGCAGGAAUUUCUAAAACUUCCUCAACCAACGGCGUUAGAAACGAUACAGAGUGGUUACGUUAAUGAAAAACCAUUUGACGCUGUACAAGAUGUCGGCUUAAUUAAUAACGCCGUUUGCGCUGAUAAUAAUAAUGAGUUUCCGCGGUUUUCUCAGGAACUAUCGUUGGAAAUGGAACGGGGCGUUGAUGCUAUACAGAGUAUCUCUAUAGGUUAGACCCGUGACAAUAACAGACAAAUCGUUGGAAAUGGUGCAGAACGAUGAUGAUAUACAAGGCACCUCUUUAGUGGAGUCUACGACAAUAACAGACGAGGUCGCCGAUACUAAUAACGGUAAGAUAUUUAUGUUUUAUUGUUAAAUAAAUAAAUAAAUAAAUAAGAUCAUUUAUAUGAUGCAGGGUCUGUACCUGUGAGUCAUACGACGGAGGUCGUAAACUCGUUUAAACACCUUGAAGAUUAAGUAUAUCAUCAAUGCAAGUGGGGUGUGGUCGCUCUACUGCUGUAGAAGUGGGGGAAAAAGAAGAGUCGCACGAGAUUAGGAGAGAAGGCGUUGUAGAUGUGGAUCCUAUUGAAGAAAGAGACGCGUUACAACAUGCUCAAAAUGAAGUCGGAGACCCAAUAACAUUUAAUAUAUCGAACGAGAACCAACGCUAUUUCCGACGGUUUGAUGCGUACGGUCGCGAAAUAACGCUCGUUAUUUGUCCGGCUCCAGAGGCUACCGAUCCAUUAAUGUGGCUGGAUAAAGUACUUGUAGAAAUACACGCAUAUCUUACAAAUUCGAGUGAUCCUGACGAUUACAUAGGUGUAACAUUUACAGCCGAUACUUUUUCACUUGGUCCAGUGUGGUUAUCUUUCCGCUAUGUACGCGAUUUUCAGUAUAUAGACUUAUGGGCACUAGUGAGCCGAGCCGCACAAAGCAAUACAAAUUUUUGUAUUAACGAUAGUUGUACGAUAACAUGUUGUGUAAUACGUGGAGUAAACGGAUGUUCGCGAAGAAAAUUAACCCAUGAUAAUGUGGCAAAACGGUCGAUAUUAACGAUAACAAACACCGAUAAUUUAUGCCUCCCACGUUCAUUAGUAACAGCUUUGGCAUAUGCAGAACGCGGUGAAAUUCGUUCGGGUGAGUUACAUCGUUAUUGGAUGGCUAUACGUUUGGCUAGGGGUAAACUACAAAAAGAAAAGGCGCUCGAGCUUGUAAGAAAUGCUAAAAUAGAUAUACCGCCUAAUGGUUGCUCUAUAUCGGAGUUAGAGUAUUUUCAAAAAUAUUUAGCAAACGCGGGUGUAGCUAUAGUUGUAUACGAGGUUGAAACGCUAGGGCAUGGUGGAGAGCCUUUAUAUGAUGGGACGGCUUAUGUAAUAAAUUCAUUCACCAGCGUCGUACAUACUCUGCGUGUUCUAUAUUAUCGAAGAUUACACCAUUUUGAGCCGAUUCUAAAUUUACGUGCCGCUGUAGGAAGUAAGGGUUUUUGCGUGUUUUGCAAUGUAGCGUAUACUAGAAUAAGCGAUCAUAAAUGUUCGCGCAAAUGUAAUCGUUGUAUGGGCCAACCACCGUGUAUAAUAACCGCAAAUCCCCGUAUUAAAUGUAAUUCUUGUAAACGCUCUUUUUAUAACAACGAUUGUUUUCAACAACAUUUAAAAAACCCAUACGACGACACAAAUAAGAAAAAAAAUAAAUAAAAAAAGUGUUUGCGAUACAUUAAAAAUAUGUGACACGUGCUCAAGAUUUAUUACAAUAGAUAAAAAAAGGGAACAUGAUUGUAAUGCGGUAUAUUGCAAAACAUGUAAAGAUUUUUGUCAUAUUAACCAUUUAUGCUAUAUACAGCCUAUAAAACAAACUACCGAUAAACGACCAAAAAUAUUGUUUUUAUUUUAUGAUUUUGAAACACAACAAAACACACGCAUUAGAGGGGAUGAUAAAAAACGUGUACAUGUACCAAAUUUAUGUGUUGUGCAACAAACAUGUACUUAUUGUUUAGAAGAUAAUGAUGAUGAUAUGACAAAAUUAUGUCAAUAUUGCGGUAUACGUGAAUAUGUAUUUGAUCAAGACCCUGUAAAGCAACUUGUUGAUUUAGCUACAAAGCCACUACGCUCGUUUAGUCGUACAAUUUGUAUCGCCCAUAAUGCGAAAGCUUUUGAUGCUCAAUUUAUUUUGAGACAUUUUGCUACGAGAGGUGGUGUAAAUGAGAUGCCGUCAAUAAUACUAAAUGGUACAAAUAUUGUUGUAAUGACGAUAGGGCACACGACAUUUCUCGAUAGUUUAAAUUAUCUUCAUAUGCCAUUAAGUGCUUUACCAAAAGCUUUUGAACUUAACGGUUGUACUACAAAAGGUAUAUUCCCACAUUUAUUUAAUACACCUGAAAAUCAAAAUUAUAUAGGACCGUUACCAGAUUUGAAAUAUUAUUCAAGUUGUUAUAUGCAAAAUAAUGAGCGCGAACGGUUUUUAUCUUGGUUUACUAAAGCAAAACAAUUAAAUUAUAUAUUUGAUUUUAAAAAAGAAAUCGUACAUUAUUGUAAAAAUGAUGUGACGAUAUUACGUAAAGCCUGCUUAGCUUUUCGUAAAAUGUUUAUUAAAUGUGGUAUGGUUUGCCCUUUCGAGGAAAGUACCACAAUAGCAUCAGCCUGUUCACGUGUUUAUCGUAAAAAUUUUCUUCAAAAAAAUAAAAUUGGUAUUAUACCAACGGGCGGUUAUCGUUGGGGUCAAAAUCAAUCGCGUAAAGCUGUUUCUUGGUUGAUUUGGACAGAGCACGAAUUGGGUCGUGUUAUAGCUCACGCUGGACAUGGUCGUGAGACACGAUUACCCGAAGGUGUUUUAGUUGACGGUUAUUAUGAAGAAAUCAAUAACGGCGUGACGAUUAAACAUGUUUUGCAAUUCCACGGUUGUUAUUGGCAUGGCUGUACCCGGUGCUACACUGUAAAUAGAAACCAAGGAAUCGGUAAUGAUACAAUGGAUGCCCGUUUAGAACGUACUCAGUUUAUUACAGCAAAAAUUAUAGCUGCUGGAUAUGUUUUAACAGAAAUGUGGGAGUGCGAUUAUGAACGUAUUUUAAAAUCUAGAGAAGAUAUGCGUAUAUUUUUAAAAAAUUAUCCAGCUAUAUCUCAGCCUGCGUUAAAUCCCCGCGAUGCUUUUUAUGGUGGUCGUACAGAGAACAUGGUGUCUCUUUACGAUGUAAAGGAUAAUGAGAAGAUACAUUAUGUCGAUGUAUGUUCUCUUUACCCAUAUAUUUGUAAAACAGGUAUAUUUCCUGUAGGACAUCCGAAAAUAUAUGUCGGUGAAGAGUGUCACGAAUUAACGGGUCCUACAGGUGUCGAAAUUGAUAAAAUAGAAGGACUCGUUUAUUGUUCAAUAUUACCGCCGCGUACGCUUUAUCAUCCUGUAUUACCGGUGCGUAUGCAUGGUAAAUUAAUGUUUGCUUUAUGUCGUACAUGUUGCGAAAAUAUGUGUCAAACAGCGUGUACACACGAGAACGUUGCCGAUCGCGAAUUCACCGGUACGUGGGUAGUACAAGAAAUACGCAAAGCUGUAAGUGUUGGUUAUAAGCUUGUAAAUAUUUAUGAAAUUUGGCAAUACGAGGUAACGCAAUAUAAUCCCCAAUCUAAGGAGGGUGGUCACUUCACAGAAUAUAUUAAUACUUUUUUAAAAAUUAAGCAAGAAGCUAGCGGUUGGCCUUCUGAUUGCAGCGAUGAAGAGUCAAAAAAACGAUACAUAGAGGAAUAUGAGCGAGCGGAGGGUAUUAAAUUAGAUCCUGAAAAAAUAUGUAUCAAUCCUGGUCUCCGAGCUGUUUCAAAACUAUGUUUGAAUUCUUUUUGGGGAAAAUUUGGUCAACGUGAGAAUCUACCUAAAGUUGAAAUUGUAACAACGCGUAAAAGAUUAAUACAACUGCUUUCUAGUAACGAAGUUGAUGUUACAAGUAUAUUACCUGUUAAUGACGAUGUUUUAUAUGUUGGUUAUGUAUAUACAGAUGAAAAUUUAACACCAUCCGCUCUAACAAAUGUUGUGAUAGCUGCAUACACGACAACUCAAGCGCGUUUAAAAUUAUAUGAAUAUCUCGAGCAUCUCGGAGAUAGGGCUUUAUAUUGCGAUAUCGAUUCAUGUAUAUACGUAAGCAAUAAUUCUCAGAACGCUUAUGAACCACCAACAGGUAAAUUGUUGGGUGACUUGACGAAUGAAUUAGCGUGCUACGGUGAGGGUAGUUACAUUAAAUCUUUUGUUUCGGCUGGUCCGAAAUUUUACGCAUUUCUUGUACGUAAACCCGAUGGUAGUACCAUAGAAAUUUGCAAAGCUAAAGGUAUAACUCUUAAUUUUGCAAACAAUAAAUUAAUCAACUAUUAUUCCGUCAGAUCACUCGUUACAGAUAAAGGAGAUACGUCGAUAACACUUCAUUUUGACUCUAUCAGACGUACGGAGCUUCAUAACGUAAUAACGAGUACAGAGAGUAAAACAUGUAAGCAGACAUUUGAUAAACGAAGACGGUACGGGCCUUAUGGGUCGUUACCAUACGGUCAUUGUAAUUUAUAAUUAUUUGUUAUAUAAUUGUAUUUUUGAGCUUGUGAAUAAAAUAUCUAUGUAUUAUCAGAAGUUUAUCGAUUUUUCUAAUAUUUACCUGUAUUACAAUAUAAAAGUUUUUAAGUAAAAACAUCAGCCACCGAGCGUUAUUCGUAAAAAUGGAUACACGGUGGAAACACCCUUGGACCUCUAUGAUCUGCGGUCCCACAGGCUGUGGUAAAACCUUUUUUGUGAAAAGAUUUUUUCGGAAUAUGAAUUUUAUGAGUGAUACCAAGUUUGACCGCGUAUUAUUUUACUAUUCAGAAUGGCAAUCAGGUUACACCGAAUAUGGUGAUAAUGUCGAAUUUCGUGAAGGUCUACCGCGAAAUGAUGACUACGCUGAUGAUCCACGGCCAAAGCUUAUUGUUAUUGAUGAUCUCAUGCGCGAAGCAUCCGAUAACAGUGUUAUAGAUUUAUUCACGAAAGGGAGUCAUCAUAAAAACCUUAGUGUCAUUUUUAUUACACAAAAUUUAUUUCACCAAGGACGUGGUAUGCGCGAUAUUUCAUUAAAUGCUAAUUAUAUAGUUGUGUUUAAAAACCCAAGAGAUCGGGCCCAAAUACAGCAUUUAGCGCGCCAAGUUUACCCUGAAAAUACACGGUUCUUACGGGAGGUAUAUAACGAUGCAACUACACCAGCACACGGUUAUUUAUUACUUGAUUUAAAGCAAUCCACACCGGAGAGUUGUCGUUUUCGCACCCAUAUAUUUCCUGAUGAUAAGUACCAACAUGUUUAUAUACCACGUAAAAAACUAAAAGACAGGAGUACCGCACAGGAAAUACCAAUAAUACGUAUCUAAUACUUUUACAAAAUUUAUCUGAUAUAUAGAUGUGUUUUUUAAUGUGCUUAAAUACGAUCAUGAAUUCAAAUUUUGUC